CUUAUUUUGGCGCCUUCUGAUUCAUAAGUCAAGUGCUUUUCAAAACCCCACCACCCAUUUUCUCCAUUUCCUUCCUUCCCCUCAAAACCCUACUCGGAAAGCCGGACCCGGAACAACCAUCCUCCAUGGAAGAAGACGGCAUAGGCAUGGUUCUGGGCAGAGCCACGGAGCUCCGAUUGAAGAUCAGCAACUGCAUUCACAAGGCAACAACCCCGGCCCCCCUCCGACAAGACCCAUCUGCUGGAACGGAAAAUGUGCCCGCCCUCGACGGCGGUUCCGCCUCCCAAGCUCCGGUUUCCGAUGUGGAGGACGAUGAAGAAGUGGAACGGCUUUUGGUUAUCUCUGAUGCCCUUGAGUCCUUGGAGAUUCAGCUCUCCCAUUUGCAGGAUUUGCAACAACAUCAACAAUAUGAACGGGCAGAUGCCCUUAGUGAGAUCGAACAUAGCCGGAAGAUGCUACUUGACAAGCUCAAGGAUUACAAAGGAGAGCAUUUGGAAGUGGUAAAGGAAGCUUCUGCCUUUGCUGGGGAGGCAGUAAAAAACAACCAUGACCUCAUUCUUCCUCCAUAUCCAAGUCGCUCCCCAUAUCCUCUUCACCUAGACAAUGACCAUUUAUCACCAUUCGUGUCUACUCGCAAAUCUGCCCGUAAUGGGGUAACCUUGAGCUACAUGACAAAUGAUGCCAAAAGGGAGUCAAGUGAGUCAUUAAGUACCAGCAAAGAAGUGAGCACGAAAAACACAAGGAAUAGAUUUGGUUCACUCAUAACUGCAGCAGCCAAGGCAGUGUUUACCAUUGUUGGUGUUGUGUCUAUAUUGAGCAUGUCUGGUUUUGGGCCACGGAUUGUAGCAAAGAAAGCUUCUCGUUUGAAGAAUUCCAGUGCAUACAAACAAGGAUCGACUGAAGAAGAGAGACCGAGAACUCAAUGCCCGCCGGGAAAAAUCUUGGUUGUUGAAGAUGGGGAGGUCCGGUGUUUGGUGAAAGAGAGAGUCGAAGUUCCAUUUUCUUCUGCUGUGGCAAAACCAGAUGUAAACUAUGGAUGUGGUGAUCACCCAAUAUGGAUUUACUCAAAACAAAACAGAGACAAUAUGGGAAGUUGUGGAGAAAGAAAAAUUUUCAGUGAAGAACAGGAAGCUCUUGUGAUCAAAUCAUGGAGUGUCAUGAAAAAGAAUGCUCCUGAUUUGGCUUUCAAAUUCUUCCUCAAGAUAUUUGAAAUUGCACCAUCUGCUCAAAAAAUGUUUCCCUUUCUAAGAGAUUCGAAAGUUCCAUUGGAGCAAAAUCCGAAGUUGAAACCUCAUGCUUUGAAUGUCUUUACUUUGACCUGCGAGUCAGCCGUUCAACUUCGAAAAGGUGGCAUAGCAGCUGCAAAAGAAAGCACCAUGAAGAGGCUAGGUGCUACUCACCUUAAGUACGGUGUUCUUGACGAACACUUUGAGGUGACAAAAUUUGCUCUUUUGGAGACAAUAAAGGAAGGAAUUCCAGAAAUGUGGAGUGUGGAGAUGAAAGGGGCAUGGGCUGAAGCUUACGAUCAAUUGGUUUCUGCCAUUAAAGCUCAGAUGAAGCCUUGAUCUCUCAAAUCCACCUUUGCACGACGUCCUUUUAAAUUAUCUCAUCAACUUAAUUUUCAUAAAUGCAUUUGUUCAUAAACAUUGUCUUGUUUUUUCUUUUUCUUUUCAAGUUCAUAAGCUUCAUUGUUGGAUGUAAUUUUCAGUUUCGCUACAAAUUAAGUAAUCAAUACCAUGUUGAUGUUGAAUGUUGCAUAUGAAUCAACGUCUCACGUCAUUCAAGAUA